AUGAGCGGUCAGUACUUCGCCACUUAUGUCGAGGAUCUGGAGCAGGACCCGUUUGACGCGAUAGAUUUUGUCGAAAGAGUGGCUUGGCGUAUGACCGGAGGAGCAGAAACGAUCAAUGACCCGGUGUUGCUGAAAAAUAAAUUCGAAGAGGAGAUAGGAAGUCUGCAAAUGCUUUGCGAUCAGUUCCAGAGCAAAAUUUCAAUACUCGAGCACGAACUCAAUAAAGAAAAACGUGAAUAUGUUAAUCAGUUGCAGCGGUUGUAUGAGAGGAAUGCUGAAGCUAUAGAUAAAGUCAAGCAACUUGAUGCAACCAUGCAAUCUGUGUCCACCAAAGUAGUCCACUUGGGUGAUCAGCUGGAAUCGGUUCAUCAACCGAGGCAACGAGCUCACGAUGCCCUGCAGCUAAUCCAGCAUUUUGACGAAUUCCUCUCCGAUCAGCCCUUGAACUCCAUGAUCUUCACCGACCCAGACAAGCUGUUAGAAUCAGCUGAUCUUGUGCAAAAACUGUAUUCUAUAUCACAAGAACUAUCCAAGGAAAAGUUCGCCACCGUCCAAGCUAGAAUAGCUCAUAGAUAUGAAGAGGUGGAAAGGUUGCUCAUUGAUGAGUUUGGCCGUGCUCAACGAGACGAGAAGAAAAUGGCUGAAGUAGCAAAAAUCCUAAGCGAGUUUAAGGGUUACUCGCAUUGCGUUUCUCGGUACGUGGAGUUUAUCCUAUCAUUGUUCCGAAGUGGUAGCGAUGACGUCUAUGAUGAAGCUCUACAGUUAGUUCGCAAUAAUAAACCGAAGAUUGAGGCGAUAUUUCCUAGUCCGAUGGCUGUAGUGCAAAAAUUGAUACUCAGUCUAUACACGGGUCGAUUAAAGGAUCACAUCUACGCAAAGCUUAGGGAUUGUAAAGAUAGCGAAGACCGUGAAGGAUAUUUGAUAGGAUUGGCACAUGCGUAUACCAGCAUUCUUCGCCUCAACAAGGACCUGGACGCUUUGCACGUCAGCUCUGAUGCUUCAUUCCUUCCCACUCUUACGCGAUCCAUAUUUGAUAGGUAUCUUUCGACUUAUACAAAUGAAGAAUUGGAAUAUCUUCACGCUCAGUGUAGUAGCAUACUACAUCGCUUUUAUGAGUCAAAGAGACAUACCAAAAAGCAGAUCCAUAGCGGAGGGUUACAAGAACUGAAAAGAGACGUACAAGCUCGUCUUCUCAAUGUGGAGACUUAUGGUGGUGAAACAUUCUUGUCUGAGGAUGUUGCAAUUAGUAUUCUGCAAGAAACGAAGAAUGCUUUCAACCGAGCUUCGCAGCUUUGCGAGAAAUCUGAAGUCCCCAAGCAAUGCGAAAACAUUCUGGAUAUCCUGCUGAAGUACUUGUACUCUGAACAUUUGGACUACGCCGUUGAAUUAGCCAUUGCUGGAAUCAGUUUGGCUGAACCGAAAGUCAGCCCUCCUGCUUACUUUUUCUCCGUAGUUUCGCAGAAUACAACAAUAGUACUUUUGUUGAUGAAACAGUAUGAAGAUUCUGUGCUUCCAUUGAUAAAGGGAUCCGUGGUGGAGCAGUGUGUAGCAAAAAAAUGGUCGUCUUCAUUGCGCUCGCUUGAGCAGAAGAUCAACAUGGGACUGGAACGACAGUUGAAUGCAAUAGUUGGUUAUGUCCGAUUUGUGCUGACAUCGGAGCAGAAAAAGGCAGACUUCCGGCCUGAUAAUCAGCAGAUCAACCUUGCAGCAUCAGCGCCUUGUCAACAAGUGGUGCGUUUCCUUAUGUCACAAGCAGCUGCUAUGGAAAGAGGCUGUGAUGGGGGAAAUUUGGUCGUCUUACAAACAGAGCUCGCUAAUCGGCUGUACAAACUGCUCUUACAUCAUAUUCAGCAGUUCAUAUUCAAUUCUGCUGGAGCUAUGCUUUUGCUGUGUGACCUCAAUGAGUACCGAAAAUGUGUAUCCCAAUGGCGACUCGAAGCCACGGCCUCGAGGCAGUUCGAGAGCUUGCACGCUUUGGCGAAUCUCCUUGUGGUACUGCCAGAGAAUCUUGCCGAUGCUGCUCAUAGUCCAAUGCUGGCCGAUGUUGAUCAUACACUCAUACAAGACUUCCUAAAGCUCCGCCAUGAUUAUAAAAAUCUCAGGAUUAACUUGUAUUGA